AUGGCGGAGGCUGCCUCUUCUACUUCAGGUGUGGCGGUGAACGAAUCCAAGGGGAAGGGCAAUAUCGAUGACUCUAGUGUGUUCCGCUCCGGCGCACACCCGCUGGCGAAUCAAACGGUUGUCGUGCCACGCGCCGCCUCCAUCUCACCUCAGCGUGCCACGCAUCACGCCAUGGCCAUGGGUGUGCCGCCGCCAAAGCAGACGGUGGGCAUGCCACGAGCCGCCCCCACCUCACCUCGGCGUGCCACGCUCCACGCCAUGGGUGAUAUGCAGACGGUUGUCAUGCCGCGGCCCCUGGGGUCGGCGCCGGCGCCGGCACAACAACCACGACCGUCCUACGGUCUUGUCGAGACGAGGCCUCCGCUGCCCGCGAACCUCGGCCGGCGCUCCACCGCAUCGAUGUACGACAUGGUGGAGCCGAUGUUGUACCUGUACGUGACCGUCGUCAAGGCGCGUGACCUGCCGACCAUGGAGAUCACCGGCUCGCUGGGCCGGUACGUCGAGGUUAAGGUGGGCAACAUCAAGGGCGUCACGAAAUACCUGGAGAAGAACGCCAAGCCGCUGUGGCAGUGGCAGCAGACGUUUGCCUUCUCCCGCCAGCACACCCAGUCUAGCCAGCUCGAGAUCAUCGUCAAGGACAAGGACGUGCUCCGCGACAACUACGUCGGCCGCGUCGUCUUCGACCUGUCCAACGUCCCUGUCCGCUUCCUGCCCGAUAGCCCGCUCGCACCGCUGUGGUACCACCUCUCCGACUCCCACGGCAACAAGCUCCGCCAUGGCGGCCAUGGCCUCGGCGAGAUCAUGCUGGCCGUGUGGCUGGGAAGACAGACCGACGAGGCGUUCCCGGAGGCGUGGCACUCGGAGGCGCACUCGCUGUCGCGGGAGGAGCUCACCAACACGCGCUCCAAGGUGUACUAUUCGCCCACGCUCGUCUAUCUCAGGGUCAUUGUCAUCGCCGCGCAGGACCUGAUCGCCAGCAACGAUGGCCGGCCUUUGGCGGAGACCAUCGCCAAGAUCCAGGUGGGGAACCAGGUCCUCCGCACGAGGCCACGGGGUGGAACGGCGAACCCAGUGUGGAACGAGGAGUUCAUGUUCGUCGCCAGUGAGCCGUUCGAGGACCCGGAGCCGCUGGUGGUGACGGUGGAGGAGCGCGUCUCAGCCGGAAGAGACGUGCCCAUCAGCCGCGUGACCAUACAAGGGCUGCACGUCCAGCGCAACGGCCUGGCCAGGUCGGUGCCGUCGAAAUGGUUCAGCAUGUCGCCCGAGAUGGCGGUGGAGGAGGCGGCGACGUUCAUGAGCAAAAUCCAACUGAAGAUGAGCUUGGAGACGGCGUACCACGUGCUGGACGAGUCGACCCACCACUGCAGCGACCUACAACCGGCGGCCAAGGAUCUGCGAAGGCCCCCAAUCGGCAUCCUGGAGGUGGGCGUCCUCAGCGCGCGCGGCCUGACGGGGAUGAAGAACCCGUACUGCGUCGCCAAGUAUGGCGACAAGUGGGUGCGCACGCGGACGCUGCUGUCCACGGCUGAGCCGCAGUGGAAUGAGCAGUACACGUGGGAUGUGUUCGACCUCACCACCGUCAUCACCGUCGCCGUCUUCGACAACGCAAACCUCCACCACGGCACCGGCGGCGGCGCCGGAGCUUAUAAGGACCAGAGGAUCGGCAAGGUGCGCGUCCGCCUUGCCACGCUCUUGUCCGACAGAGUGUACACGUACUACUACCCGCUGAUAGCACUGAGCCCGUUGGGGCUGAAGAAGACGGGGGAGCUCCACCUCGCUGUCCGGUUCACCUGCACGGCGUGGGCCAACAUGCUGGCGCACUACUUCCAUCCUCUCCUCCCGAAGAAGCACUACACGGACCCGAUCUCGGCGCUGCAGAUGGACAUGCUCCGGCUCCACGCGAUCAAGUUGGUGACCGCGCAGCUUGCCAGGGCGGACCCACCGCUGCGGAGGGAGGUGGUGGAGUACAUGCUCGAUUUUGACUCCAAAAUGUUCAGCCUCCGCCGGAGCAAGGCCAAUUUACACCGGAUCGCCUCCCUCUUCUCCGGCGUCGCCGCUGUUGCCAAAUUGUUCGACGGCAUUUGCAGAUGGAAGAACCCACUGGCGACGAUGUUGGUGCACGUGAUGUUCCUGCACCUUGUCUGCUACCCAGAGCUGAUCCUGCCCAUGGUCUUCCUCUGCAUGAUCAUGAUCGGGGCCUGGAACUACCCAUGGCGGCCCCUGAAGCCGCCGUACGCAGACACGGUGCUAUCGCAGUCGCUCUCCGACGAGCUCGACGAAGAGUUUGACACGUUUCCGACGUCCAGGCCAGAUGACGUCGUUCAGAUGAGGUAUGAUCGAGUGAGGAGCACCGCCGGCAGGGUGCAGACGGUGAUCGGCGACCUGGUUAGGCAGGGUGAGCGUGCGCAAUCGCUGCUCAGAUGGCACGACCCCAGGGUGACGCCUAUCUUCAUCACCUUGUCGCUGCUGGCAGCCGUCGUGCUGUAUUUGACGCCGUUCCAGGUGGUUGCCCUGGUGAUGGGGAUCUACUUCCUCCGGCCCCCGUGGCUCCGGAGCAGGAGCAAUCUGCUCUUCAAUUUGUACACUCGUCUGCCCUCCAAGGACGACGUGAUGCUAUAA